AUGAGCGCUCCACAACCAAAUGAAGCAGAAAAGAAUAUUGAGAUAUGGAAGGUCAAAAAGCUCAUCAAGCGCCUCGAGGCUGCAAGGGGCAAUGGCACAUCCAUGAUCUCCCUCAUUAUUCCACCCAAGGAUCAAGUCUCUCGUGCGGCAAAAAUGUUGGCUGAGGAAUUCGGUACCGCCUCCAACAUCAAAUCUCGAGUCAACCGUCUUUCCGUCCUUUCAGCCAUCACUUCCACCCAACAACGUCUUAAGUUGUACUCGAAAGUCCCACCAAAUGGCUUGGUCGUCUAUUGCGGUGAAAUUAUUACUUCUGAGGGAAAAGAAAGGAAAAUCAACAUCGACUUUGAGCCUUUCAAGCCAAUCAACACUUCGCUCUACCUCUGUGACAACAAAUUCCAUACCGAGGCUCUAAGUGAACUCCUCGAGUCCGACCAGAAAUUUGGUUUCAUCAUCAUGGACGGUAACGGGGCCUUGUUCGGAACCCUCAGUGGCAAUACAAGGGAAGUGGUUCACAAGUUCUCGGUGGAUUUGCCAAAGAAACACGGUCGAGGUGGUCAAUCUGCCCUUCGUUUUGCUCGUCUCAGAGAAGAAAAACGUCACAACUAUGUCCGAAAAGUGGCGGAGUUGGCCGUGCAGAAUUUCAUCACCAACGACAAAGUCAACGUUGCCGGCCUCAUUCUGGCUGGUUCUGCCGACUUCAAAAACGACUUGAACCAGUCCGACAUGUUUGAUAGCCGUCUUCAGUCCAAGGUCAUCAAGGUUGUCGAUGUGUCUUAUGGGGGGGAGAACGGAUUUAACCAGGCGAUCGAUCUCGCAUCCGAGACUCUGAGCAACGUCAAAUUUAUUCAAGAGAAGAAACUCAUUGGCAAAUACUUCGAAGAGAUCAGCCAAGACAGUGGCCGAGUUUGCUAUGGUGUUGAGGACACCCUCAGGGCUCUGGAACUCGGUGCGGCCGAGACCUUGAUCGUCUAUGAGAACUUGGAUAUUACUCGUUGGGUCUUGAAGGCCUCGGAUGGGACCGAAAAGAUUCUCCACACCACCAAAGCUCAGGAAGCCAACCGCGAACAGUUCAUGGACAAGGAUACCGGUCAAGAGAUGGAAGUCGUUGACCAAGGAUCCUUCCUUGAAUGGCUCGCCGAAAAGUACAAGGAUUUCGGUGCUACUCUGGAAUUUGUUUCUGACCGAUCAAGCGAAGGCAAUCAAUUCGUCAAAGGAUUCGGUGGUAUCGGUGCCAUUUUGCGCUACAAGGUCAAUUUCGAACAGUUAGCCGACGUUGAUUCAGAAGACGAGUUUUAUGAUGAUUGA